GUUUGUUUGUACCUGACCAGGAAGUGAAAACCGAAAUUAACUUUGACGGGGGCGAGGUCCGUUUUCAUUCAGGAUGGAGGAGUCUGUGUGUAAGGGGAGACCACCCUCUCCUGCGAAGAGUGACCGGUCCAUGGAUAAACCCAUUUAUUUUAAAGAAGGAGACUCUUCACCUCAACAGAUGGAGGAGUCUGUGUCUAAGAGGAGACCACCCUCUCCUGCACCCACCUGUGUGUCUAUGAAGAGUGAUGACUCCAUUGGUAACUUCAUUCAAUUUAAAGGAGGAGACUCUUCACCUCAACAGCCCAGACAACGACUUGAUCAAGUCCAGGAAAUGCAGCAGAUCCACAAGUCUCAUCUGCAGAAGAGGUUUCAGUGUCUGAUUGAGGGCAGCAUAGAGCAGAGAAACUCCACAGAACUGAAUAAGGUCUACACAGAUCUCUACAUCACAGAGGGGGGGAGGGGAGAGGUCAAUGAUGAACACGAGGUCAGACAGAUAGAGAGAGCAUCCUGGAGAGAGGAGAAUGCAUGUAGACCAAUCAAAUGCGGUGACAUAUUUAAACCUGGUUCUGGACAAGACAAACCCAUUAGAUCAGUGAUGACUGAGGGAGUGGCUGGCAUCGGAAAAACGGUCUCCGUGCAGAAGUUCAUUCUGGACUGGGCUGAAGGGAAAGCCAAUCAGGAUGUCCACUUCAUAUUUCCCUUUCUUUUCCGGGAGCUGAAUCUGAUGAAGGAGAAGAAAUUAAGUCUGGUGGGACUUAUCCAGCACUUUUACCCCAAGAUAGAAGCAGAAGAAAUACUCACCAGUUCAAAGCACAGAGUAAUGUUCAUCUUUGAUGGUCUGGAUGAGUGUCGAUUUCCUUUACAGUUCAACCAAAACCCCAAGUGUUGUGAUGUGACAGAGCAGGUUUCAGUCAACAUGUUGCUGACAAACCUCAUCCAGGGGAAUCUGCUUCCCUCUGCUCUCCUCUGGAUCACCACCCGACCAGCAGCUGCCAGUCAGAUCCGUUAUGAGUGUGUGGACCAGGUGACAGAAAUAAGGGGAUUCAACGAUCCACAGAAAGAAGAGUACUUUGGGAAGAGAAUCAGUGAUGAGAAUCUGGCCAGCCGAAUCAUCAGCCACCUGAAGUCAUCCAGGAGCCUCUACAUCAUGUGCCACAUUCCAGUCUUCUGCUGGAUUGCAGCCUUUGUUGCAGAGAGAACAUCAGAAGAAUCAGACCAAGCUGAAAUGCCAAGGACUAUGACUCAAAUGUACAGCCGCUUUCUCAUCAUUCAGGCCAGCAUUAAAAAGGACAAGUACACAGAGAGAAAAGAGACAGAAGAAGAGAUCAUUUUCAAACUGGGGAAACUGGCAUUUCAGCAGCUGGAGAAGGGUAACCUGAUCUUCUAUGAGGAAGACCUGAGAGAGGCUGACAUUGAUGUCACAGAAGCGUCAGUGUACUCAGGAGUAUGUACUCAGAUCUUCAGAGAGGAGAAGGAUGUUUCCCAAGCAAAGGUGUCCAUGUUCAGCUUUGUACAUCUGAGCAUCCAGGAGUUCCUGGCAGCCGUGUACGUGUUUCUCUGUUUCAGCAACCGAGACAGGAACAUUUCUGACCAACAACAAACCUCUCAGCUAUCUGCCCUGUUCAGAGCUGUAACACUUCAUGACUUGCACAAGACUGCAGUGGAUCUGGCCAUACAGAGUAGAAAUGGGCACCUGGACCUUUUCCUCCGCUUCCUUCUGGGCCUCUCACUUGAGUCCAAUCAGAACCUCCUAAAACGCCUACUGCCAAAGACCAGUAGCCAGUCACAGAGCUCAGUCCAGGCAGUCCAGUGUGUCAAAGAGAAAAUCAGAGGUGAGAGUAGUUCAGACAGAAUGAUCAACCUGUUCUACUGCCUGAAUGAGCUGAAUCAGCAUGCUGUAGUGGAGCGCAUUGUCAGGAAGGAAGGAAAGCUAUCUGUAGAGAUGCUCUUACCAGGAGAGUGGGAGACUGUGAGAUUUAGACUCUAUAUGUCAGAAGAGCAGCUGGAUGGGUUUGACCUGCAGAAAUACAUACAGACACCAGAGGAAGACCAGACCGAACUCCUCAGCCCUGAUGAUGUUCUUCAGAAGCUGGUGCCAGUGGUCACAACAUCCACCGAGGCAGAGCUGGGUAACUGUAAGUUGACAGAUAAGAGUUGUCUGCAUCUGGCGUCUGUCGUGUCAUCUCCCUCAUCACGUCUCACACGGCUGGACCUGCAGCACAAUGAUCUGCGUGACUCUGGAGUGGAACUCUUAUGUUCUGGACUUCAACAUCAACACUGCAGAUUGGAAAUACUGGUGCUGGAUAACUGUAAGUUGACAGAUAAGACUUGUCUGCAUAUGGCCUCUGUCCUGUCAUCUCCCUCAUCACGUCUCACACGGCUGAACCUGACUGACAAUAAUCUGCAUGACUCUGGAGUGGAACUCUUAUGUUCUGGACUUCAACAUCAACACUGCAGAUUGGAAACACUGGGGCUGUAUCGUUGUAGUCUGACAGGUAAGAGUUGUCCUCUACUGGCCUCUGCCCUCUCCUCUCCCUCCUCACGUAUCAAAGAGCUGUACCUGCAUGGUAAUGGCCUGAGAGCCUCAGAUGUUAAGCAGCUCUCUGCUCUGAAGAAAGACCCCAACUGUAGACUGGAGACACUAGGGAUGGAGGAGUCUGAAUCUGAGAGGAGAUCACCCUCUCCUUCACCCUCCUGUGUGUCUAUGGAGAGUGACCUGUCCAAGGAUUACUUCAUUCAAUUUAAAGGAGGAGAGUCUUCACCUCAACAGUAA